UUUCUCCUCCAUUUCCUUCGAGCUGGCAAGCAAUGGAAGUGCAACGCCCCAGCACUGACCAAAACAUUAUUGGCUCGGUUUUCUCUCCUUCUCCGUGGCGUUAUUACAACUUUUCUUUUCCCUCAUCGGACUCGAUGCCCAAACCACUUACUCAGGAAUAUGAAUCAUGCACUAGACGCGUGGAAAUGCUCAAAGAGAAGGUUAAAGAAAUGCUGAUGGUAGAUGCAAGUGAUCCCAUCAACAGUAUUGAAUUAAUCAAUUUAUUAUGUCGUCUUGGUCUAUCUUAUCAUUUUGAGAGCGAAAUUGAACAACAAUUAACUCAUAUGUUUAAUCACCUUCCUCAACUCUUUGAUGAUAAUGAUUAUGAUCUCUACACAACAGCUCUCUUUUUUCAAGUCUUGAGACAACAUGGAUUUAAAAUGACUUGUGAUGUGUUCAAGAAAUUCAAAGGCAGCAAUGGAGAGUUCAAGAAAAGCAUCAUAAGCGAUGUGAGAGGCAUUCUUAGCUUGUACGAAGCAAGUUUUAUGAGUGUUCAUGGAGAAGAUAUUCUUGAUGAAGCUCUUGAGUUUACAAGGUCACACCUGAAUUCGUUGGCUAUGCAAUCAAGCCCUCACUGUGCUGAACGCAUAAAGAAUGCUCUGAUCCUUCCGUAUCACAAAGGUAUACCAAGAGUAGAGGCUAGGCAAUACAUCUCUUUCUAUGAAAAAGAUGAGUCUCGAAAUGAUACCCUACUCGAAUUUGCAAAAGUAGAUUUCAAUAGAGUGCAAUUAUUGCACAGGGAAGAGCUCAAGGAGAUAGCCAGGUGGUGGAAAGAGUUGAAUCUUGCAGAGAAACUUCCCUAUGCGAGAGACAGAAUUGUGGAGCUCUAUUUCUGGGCAUGUUCCAAUCAUUUCGAGCCUCAUCUUGCUCUUUCAAGGAUGAUGACGGCCAAGUAUUUGAAAAUGGUAUCACUGGCUGAUGACACAUACGAUGCAUAUGCUACAUUAAAUGAAGUCCAUGCCUUCACUGAAGCUUUCGACAGGUGCAGUAUUGAUGCUGCUGAUGAACUGCCAGAUUACAUGAAAAUUUUAUACAAGGAAUUAUUGAAUCUUAUUGAGGAAACAGAGAAUAUUACGAGCAAGGAAGGAAGAUCCUUUUGUGCCUAUUACGUGAAGGAAGAAUUUAAAAAAUUGUUGAGAUCCUACCGCGUUGAGGCUCAGUGGUUUAAUGAUGGUUACGUGCCGUCGUUGGAUGUUUAUCUGCCAAAUGGUUAUGAGUCAAGCAGCUACGGCGUGGCCGCGGCAGCUGGCUUUGUUGGCAUGGAAAAGAUCGUAGGGAUCAAGGAAUAUGAGUGGCUUCGAAGUAACCCGAAAAUUCUCAAAGCUGCCAAGGUAAUUGGGCGUCUUUUGAACGACGUAGUAUCUCACCAGGAGGAACAAAAGAGAGGGGAUACUGCUUCAGCGGUAGAGUGCUACAUGAAAGAACAUGAUGUUUCAGAGAAGAAAGCUGUGGAAGAGAUUCUGAAAAUGUGUGCAAAUGCAUGGAAAGACAUCAACGAAGAAUGCAUGAGGCCGACUGAUCUUCCGAGGCCUAUUCUCCAAUUCUUUGUUGACCUAGCUCGAGUGUCAGAGGUUGUUUACAGGUUCGAUGAUUCCUACACCAACCCAUCUGGUCUGAAAGAUAAAAUUACAGCAUUGUUUCUGGAGCCACUUCCUUUGCAAGACCAAGAUAAUAUAUAAUACAUUAAUGAGCUUCGAGGGCGUUAAGUUUAAGCCAUUAUAUGUUACCUCAAAUCUAUCAAAAUUUGUACAUCCAAGCUCCUAAGUUGAAGACGUGUGUAAUUGUAGCCAUAAGUAGAGGUUUUCAAAUCUCAUUAAAUGCUUUGUGUGAUUAAAAGGGUCAAUCAAAAACAUUGUGAUCAUACGAUGUAAUCCAAAACUUUAAUAUUAGAUGCUCAAUACACUCAGAACUAAUAAAACAUAUCACCCCAUUAUUUAUU